AUGGCAACAACUCAUAAUAUUUAUCAAGAAACCGAUAAUGAUACAAUUCAGCCAAUUAACAAUGGCUAUUUCUUAAAAGACUUAAUCACCACCUCAACUUCCAUUAAUGGAAAAUUAGCGCUCCCUCCAGAACAUGUUGACAUGAUUCCGGAAUAUGGGGAUGACAUUAAAGAAUUAUCGUUUUUGGUAGAAUAUCAAACUCCGUAUCGAAUUCACAUCAGCGUUUCAGAUGUAGAGGGAAACCGUUGGCGUGUUCCUGAAUCAGUGGUUUCACUUGAUGAUAAUGCUAGCAACCAUAAUAAUAACAGCGAAAGUAAUUGCACCAUUGAUGGCAAUAAUAAAGACACAGAAUUUGAUUAUAAAUUUAGUUAUCAAGUAAAUCCAUUUGGUUUUCAAGUGAGCAGAAGAGAUGAUGAUGAUAAAUUUGAUAAUAACAACUUGUUUAAUACUAUAAAUGAAAGAUUCAUAUUUAAAGAUCAAUAUAUGGAAAUUUCCACUCAAUUACCUGUAAAUUCAAAUAUUUAUGGUAUUGAUGCACCAUGUCCUGAAGAUGAAAAUUUAUACGGAUCUCAUCCAUUUUAUAUUGAACUUAGAAAUGGGAAGGCACAUGGAGUUUUUUUACUUAACUCCAAUGGUAUGGAUAUUUGCUAUGAAAAUGAAAAAUUAACUUAUAAAGUUAUUGGUGGAAUUCUUGAUUUUUAUAUUUUAUUGGGACCUUCACCUACUGAAGUUAUUCAACAAUAUUCAGAAUUGAUAGGAUAUCCUUAUUUAAUACCAUAUUGGUCUCUUGGUUACCAUCAAUGCAGAUGGGGCUAUGAUACAGUAGCAAAAGUUGAAGACAUGGUUAAUCAACACAAAGAGGCAGAGAUGCCAAUGGAUUGUGCUUGGAUUGACAUAGACUACAUGGAUGUCUACAAACCAUUCACCUACUCACCAAGUCGUUUUCCACCUGAAAAAUUUUCAAAAUUUGUUAAAAGUCUUCAUAAAAAUCAUCAAAAACUUGUAGUGAUUGUUGAUCCAGGAAUUAAAGUCGAGAAAGGUUUCAGGCCAUAUGAUGAAGGAAUUGAAAAAAACUUGUUUAUUAAGCGAGCUGAUGGUAAAGAUUUUGUCGGGAAAGUGUGGCCUGGCACAACAGUGUUCCCUGAUUGGUUUCAUCCUGAUGUUCAACAGUAUUGGACAAAAAUGAUGAAACAAUGGCUUGAACAAGUUCCAAUCGAUGGCCUAUGGAUAGAUAUGAAUGAAAUAGCAAGCUUUAUUGAUGGUGAUUUGUCUCAUGAAUCAAAUGAAGAUCGAAGAGAUGAUAUUAUUAUGGUACCUUCUGCUGAUCAGACAGUUGAUGAUAUGGCAAAUACUGUGAUGAACGAUGAAGAUGAAGAACACCUGCAAGUUACAAAUGCGAUAAAAAAAAUAGCUCUAUCUGCAAUAGCGGUACAAGAACCAGAGCCACACUCUGUUAACAAUCCUCCAUACGAUAUUAAUAAUUGUGGUAAAAAAUCUCCUCUAUUCACCAGAACUUCACCCAUGGAUGCAUUUCAUCAUUCUGGAAUCACAGAAUACAAUGCUCAUAACUUAUUUGGUCAUAUGGAGGCAAUGGUAACAUACAAGUCAUUGUGCGAAAUUUAUCCCAACAGACGCCCUUUUGUCUUGUCACGUUCCACAUUUCCUGGUAGCGGCAAGUACGCUGCUCAUUGGCUCGGUGAUAAUUGGUCAGAAUGGGAAAGCAUGGUGCAUUCAAUCGCUGGGGUUAUUUCUUUUCAAUUCUUUGCAAUUCCAUUGGUUGGUGCUGAUGUAGGUGGGUUCAAUGGUAAGUGCGAACGGGAACUUGCAAUCAGGUGGCACCAGUUGGGUUGUUUCUAUCCAUUUUUUAGAAAUCAUAAUGCCAUACAUAUGCCAGGUCAAGAAGUUUAUCGAUGGGAAGAUGAUGUUAAACAAAUUUGUAAAACAUGGUUAGAAAUUAGAUACAAGAUGUUACCAUAUUGGUACACGUCAUUUUAUUGUGCUGCCACAAGAGGAACACCAGUGAUUAGACCGUUAUGGUUUUUAGAACCUAAUGGUGAAGAUGCAUUAGAGAUCGAUAAACAAUUUUUAGUUGGCAAUGGGUUAUUGUUAGUUACACCAGUGACAGAACCAAAUUGUACAAAAGUUAAAGGGUAUUUUCCAGCGGGGAUAUGGUAUGAGUUCAUGACUGGAUUGAAAUUGGUGGCCGAAUCUGAGCAAGAACCAGGAAAAGGAAAAUGGAUGGAAGUGGAUGCACCGUUAGAAAAGAUACCAGUGCACGUUUAUGGCGGUUCAAUCAUACCAUUAAAUUGCCGUUCCAGCUUAACUUCAUUUGAAACGCGUGCCAGUGGAAUUCGCUUGUUGAUUGCUUUAGAUGCCAAGGGCAAAGCAAAAGGCGAAUUAUAUUUAGAUGAUGGUGAAACUUUAUUGGAGCUUCUGGGAGAUCAAUACACCUUUGUAACAUUUACUGUAGAAAAUCAAUGUUUAAGCAUCGAAGGCGUAUCAUUUAAUUAUAAAGGGCGGGGUUCAUUUAUUGAUGAAAUUGAGAUUUUUGGUGUACUAUUGCAACAAGAUUCUAAUAAUAAUGGAAAUACUGUUGAGGUAAAGGUUAAGACUAGAAACGGCGAAAAGAAAUUUUGUUCCAAUAAUAAAAAUGAUAAUACUGAGUGGCAAAAUGAAAACCAAAAAUUAAUUAUUAGAGGAUUAGGAAUUUCGUUGUGUGAUGGUGGAUUUACAAUUUCAUGGAAUUAA